GUCUUUGUUUGCAUUUGUUUGUUGUUGUAGGUCUGUGUUGUAGGUAUUCUCUUCUCUCCAUCUCUCAUUGUUUUUAAAUGUUGGGUUGGGGUACCUACCUAUUAUUUAUUUCUAAUUCUAUUCGAUUUACCUUAUUGUGCGUAUGUAUAUGAACAAUACUGUUGUACAAUAGUUUUUGGUUCUAUAAAUUCUGUAAAGAUGUGCAGCACUAGCCCUGAAUCAAGUAGUAAAAGAAUAACAUACAAACGCACUCGCCCAAAUCCACUAUUUCUAGAAUGGCUUGAAGAACUACAUGAAGAAGCUAAAACAAAGAAAAGUAAAUUAGAACCAAUGCUGAAAGAAGCUUUAGAUUCUAUAACUAAAUAUCCAUUGCCUUUACAAACUGGCGCCGAAUGUGCUAUAUUAAAAGGCUUCGAGAAAAAACUAUGUUUAUUUCUAGAUAAGCGGUUGGAAGUUUAUAAAUACAAUAAAAGUGUAAAUGCUGGCAGUCAAUCAAAAAAUGAAAUACCAUCAAAUAUGCCGUCUACUUCUUCAUAUGACGAACAAAACGUAAGGUCUCUGGAACCAUUAGUUGUAGUGGAAAAAUAUAAUCCUGAGCAAAUAAUAGUGCCCAAAAAAACAGCUUCUGGGUCAAGUAAAUCUAGUAAUAAAUCAAACAAAAUAUAUAAGCCGUCUUUUAGAUCUGGUGGGUAUGCCAUUCUCAUAGCUUUAUUAGAGCAAUUUAGAAAUGAUCCAAAUAAAUUUCUAUCAAAAGAGCAGUUGAUUGAGAAAGCCCAACCCCACAGCGAGGAAUCAUUUAUUCGGCCAAAACCUGAUACAUUUUACACAGCUUGGUCAAACAUGAGCAGGCUCAUUACUAAAGGUUUAGUUCAGAAAAUUAGGAAUAACAAAAAAGUAAAGUAUGGUUUGACAGAGUUAGGCACAUUGUUGGCCGUUGAACUAAAAGAGGAAUCAACCGGGAUCCCAACUGCAAAUGAUGCCAUUUUCAAUAAUGGUAUAGUAAGUACUGAAACAGAAAUAUCACUGCCACAGAUAGCUCCUAUUACCAAUGGAAACAAUAACAUACAUGAAGAUAUACAUACAGACAGAAAACAAAUAGAACUUAAAGCUGGCACAUUUGAUAUUAUAUUGCUGAUUGAUAAAAAUGAAACUUCAGGGGUAAAUAAGACUGACCCUACUGUGGCCCAAUUUAAUAAAUACCCGGAGUUGAAACAUGAGUACCGCAGUUUAAAAGUUGGGGACUUUACAUGGAUUGCACAAGACAGACAGAAUAAGAGUGUAGAAUUAGUUUUACCAUAUGUUGUUGAAAGAAAAAGAAUGGAUGAUCUGGGACACAGUAUUAAAGAUGGAAGAUUCCAUGAACAAAAAUUUAGACUAAGAAAAUGUGGAUUGAAAAAUGUUAUUUAUUUAGUGGAGAAUUUCGGCAAAAAUCAGCAUGUGGGUCUUCCAAUUCAGUCACUGAUGCAGGCCAUGGCCAAUACAAGGAUACAUGAUGGCUUUAAAGUUCAUGUCACUAAUUCCUUGAGUAAUAGUGUUAGGUUUUUGGCUAUGAUGAGUAAAAGACUGACUAUUGAAUACAAGGACAAGAAAUUAAAAGGCUGUAAUGAAGAACCAAACGGCGAGAAACUUAUGACAUUCAAGUACUUCAGCACCUCUUCUAAGAAAUCCAAGCCUCUCACUGUUACCGAAACAUUUAUAAAACUACUCCUGCAGUUGAAAGGGGUAUCAGUGGAUAAAGCUCUAGCUAUAACUGCAGUGUACAGCUCACCCAGCACCCUCAUUGAAAGAUACAAAACGUGUGAUCAAAAAGAAGGAGAGUUCCUACUUGCAAACUUGAAAUAUGGAGAAUCUAACAGAAGUGUUGGACCGGUUGUGAGCAAAACACUUUACCAGUUUUUUUCUAAAACAUUCUAAUUUUUUAAUGCCUCUAGUAAUAGUAGUAUUGUACUGAAUUUGUGACUGGAAACUAUUUAGUAAAGAUAUUGCCAUACUUAAAAAAAUAUAAGAAUAGGUGAUUCUUAUUUAAUGAACAAAACCUUUCAAGUUGAAAACUAGAGGUUUGUUCUCUAUACGAAUUUAUUUUGAUUUGUGAUAUUAUGAAUAUUAUAAGAUAAUUUUAGUCUUUAGUUUAUAUCAAUAUUUAGGUUACUAAUGUUAAUCUAUCAUGAAAGUGAGAGCACUCUCUUGUUGGCUAGUAAUAACAUACAUUCUAUGUGGUAUUGAAAUGCAAUAUGUAGUAAAAAAAAUAGUUUAAGAAUAAAUUUUCUUCACUUUCUUAACAGACUGUAAAUAUUUAUAUAUUAACAGAUCAGCUCACAGGCACAUCAACUUGUUAGAACAUAUUGAUCAGAAUCUAUCAGAAUUUUAUUUAUAUAGUUACUUUGAUCUCAUCAUAAUGGCACUACUGUAAUGAAGAAUUCUAGGUCGUAACUUAGUGUAGAAAUCAAACUGUAUCUCCUAUCAUUAUUCUUUAAUUUCAUAUACAUGCUGCUACUUAAACAACGGCAACGCAAGAACUGCACUGAUUGAUUUAAUGUUGUAUCGCGCGUUUUGCCGAAGUGAACGUGUUCAUGUAGAAUGCGGCCCCAUCCGUGAACGCAAAAUUCAAAAAUUGUAUGGAUAUUCGACGAAGCACAACGGAGCCGCAGCAAUGGGCCCUGACCGGUGUAAGAGUAUGAAUAUGUGUCAUUAUAUACAAAUAAAACAUUACUUUUGGUA